AUGUCGAACGUUUCAUCACCAAAAAGAUCUGUAACGUUGAUGAACACUUAUCAGCUAGAACCGAAGAAAAAGUUUAGUUCAGACCAAGUACAAAAAAUAAUAAGAGUAUUCUUAGAAGAUGCCAUCGAUAACUUGACCUACGACCCCGUUAAAUGCGCCAAAUUAUGCCAGACAUUAUCGGAAAUGAUUAAGGAUAAAGUUAAGGAGCAACAGUAUGACAGGUACAAAAUAGUAGCUGUUGUGACUAUAGGAGAGAAAAGAUCCCAAGACGUAUUGUCUAUCCUGGGCUUUUUGUGGGACCCUCAGAGAGAUAGCUACGCACUUUAUACUGAAGAAAAUAUGUUUGUAUAUAUAGUGGGCAUGUGUUUUGGUAUUUACUACGAAUAAUAAUUAAAUAUAAUGUAUAUAUUAUAAUAAUUCUAGUUUCCAUUUCUCUAUUUUAACAACAUCUCAAACUAUU